CUUCAAACCAUCUGACUCAGAAGCGACUCUUAAAUCCUCUUGUCAUUUCACUGUUAUCUGAUUUGCAGGAAUCCAAGACCUAAGCAAACAUGUCCAACCCCAGUGAGGAAGAACUCAUUCACAUGUUUAAGGGGAUUCCCUUUACCACCAGGUCUUCUCCAGAACUUUUAAAAUCCUUGGAGACUUUCCAUGCCAGAGAAGAUGACCUCCUUCUGGUUUCCUAUCCCAAAUCUGGCACUCACUGGCUUGCAGGAGUUAUAACAAAGCUUUACAGUACUCAAGUUACACUAACAUCUCCCAUUGAAUUUGGAGAUCUUUCCAAACUAGAAGAACUGAAUAAACUCUCAUCGAAGAGAAUCAUCCCAACACACUUAGACUACAACAUGUUACCUCCGAAUUUUAAGAAGAAAAAAUGCAAGAUGAUCUACAUAGCCAGAAAUCCAAAAGAUACCGCAGUGUCCAUGUAUCAUUACUACAGAGAUAAUCCAAACCUUCCUACUGUAGACACCUGGACUGCUUUCUUUGACUUGUUCUUAAAAGGAGAUGUUGUCUGCGGAUCCUGGUUUGAUCAUUUCCUAAGUUGGGAAGAACAUGAAAAUGACAAAAACAUCCUGUUUUUGUUCUAUGAAGAAAUGAAGAAGGAUCUCCCUAAGACUGUAAAGGAAAUUGUUUUGUUCCUGGGCUUAAACAUCAGUGACAGUGAUAUCCAAGACAUCUGCAAGAAGUCCUCAUUCUCACAGAUGAAAAGCGACACAGAAAAGGAGAACAGUGAUCCCAGUCACACCGUUUGUACCCUGACAUCCAACAGGAAGCUGAUUUUCCGGAAAGGCACUGUUGGUGAUUGGAAGAACCAUUUCACUCCAAAACAGAAUCAAAAGUUUGAGGAGAUAUUUAAUGAGAAGAUGAAACUCAGCAAAAUGGCAAAAAAUCUCACCUUUGAAUUCUGACUUCAUGUGAAGAACAGUACCCAGCUAUCAACACACACAGAUCGAGCAGUUGGUGGGAAAUUCUGAAUGGGGGCUCCUGUUCAGUUGACAAUCCUCUCAAUAGAAAGGAUGGCACACAAGAGAUUUUGAGGACAGGAAAAUUCUGAAACAAUGCCAGAGCUGAACUCAGUUUUCAGUGAGCAGAUGCAUAUGGCUUUAGAGAGUGAGGCAUCAGACCCAUUUUUCUACAACCAAGUCUGCUUUAUCAUGUAUUUAUUUUUUGCUCUAGAGAUAGAAACGGACUUAGAUCUGAUAUGGGAAUUUUACCUAAGAUGUUAAGAAAAAAAGUAAACAAACAAAACAGCACACAACAACAAAAGAAAACACCUGUAAGGAUCUGAAUAUAUAAAAAGUCUAAAAACACAUCAUAAGAAAAUGACCAAAGAUUUGAUCCCAGACUCACUCCCUCUCCGAUGUACCAUGAUUUGGAAAGUGCCUGUCUUAUUGGACUUUGUUAUUGAUACUCAAUUUGAAAACUGCAGCUGUACAUUUCAAGAUCUGAUGUGAAGUUUGUUCCUAAAAUGUCUUUUAUUUUUAAACAAUAUGUAGUUCUUUGAUUUAACUUAUUUCUGCGUUAGAUACUGUAUAGUGUUUGCGUGUUAAAUGUAAUAGAUAUAAAUCCCUGUAAAUUUCUGCACCGUAUGUUGGGGAACCAUAAACAUGGGUUUUUUUCCAUUUGACUUUCUUCCUGCAAAAUACUCAAUCCCAGUGUUUUGCUGAGAAGCAUUUUACUUCCCAUUCCUUGUGCAAUACAACUCAACAGUUCCACUGUGGCAAACAAACCGCUACUCAGAGACAGUUUAGUCUGAACAUGACUUACUUAUUUACCCUGUCCUGAUAAGACAGAUUUUUCCAAGAAUCAGCUGUCUGUGUUUACACCUUAGGGACUGUUCUAGGAACCCAGUGAAGAUUUUUCUUGUGAUUUAUUCCACGAUGUUUUCUGUCCUCACCUCUAAUUUGCUUUGCAGGCUGCCUUUAAAGAUUCUUCUCCCCAGACUUGUUCUCCCCAAACACAUGAUUCCAAGGGAUCAUCAGGCAGAAAAAACAUAGCAAAAGCUGAUCGAAAGGAUCACAAUCAUGCAGACAAGCAUGACUGCUCUGCUUUGACUCCUGUGUGCUCUGAAGGUACACAUCUGCUCAUCCUCCAGGUAUGUAGCUUCUGAAAAGCUGAGGUAUGGCCUUAUUUACCAUGAACACGAAUGCUCUCUCUAGCCAUACAUUUCACACUUGUCACAUAGCCCUUUCAUUUCAUACCUCAUUUGUGCAAGCUGACAUCAAUACCUACUGGUUUUGCAUCUGCACACAUGAUACAGGAUUUAUGUACUGAAGAGGUCAGUGAGAGAAAAGCCCGUUCAAUGGCAUUCCUUUGCUGUUUACCAAUUCAACACAGUUUAAGGGAGAUGCUGCCCUGGGCACCGUUUUAUGCAAAAGACCCAUUUGGAAACCAGAAGUUAGUGUCGCUUUGGUCUUCCACACUAAAGUCACUCUCUCCCCCUCUACGAUUCCACAAACCACAGUUGCCCUCCUUUCAUGUGUCAUUCUUUCACUACUAAUAAAUGGUGAGAGAUCAGCUAAUGAUGAUGCUUGAACAUUUUACUUAAAAGACUUAUUUUUUCUAGCUCUUUGAGCAUGGAAAAAAAGCCACAGGGCCCUUAGGCAAAUGAAGUCUGCAAGUGAGUUUAUUAACAGUGUGAAGAAGACUGCUGUAAGCAGAAUUUAUAUUUAUAUUCACAAAAUGAAACUGUGUGUGAAGGGACAGGGUGAGGACAUGCCACAUGGAUCAAGGAGGGAGUUAAAGCCUGGAGUCUUGAACUGGCUGAAGGGAUAGCAUUAGAACAUAAGGUGCUUUGCCUGCUGUCCAACCUCUAUCACUGCAUUGCAGAGUUAAACAGACUUUCAAAAUAAAGUUCCUCUCAGUAACACCUUGUAUUCACAUGGCGCUUUUAAUCUCCAAAUAUGGCUUUACUCAAGCUUUACACAAUGCAUCCACACUUGAGGUAGAGUGCAGCGACUGGCUGGCAGCGAAUAAUGGCCUAAGAAAGAAAGCAACUUCUGCUAGUAGAACUACAGGACAGCAGGUCCACUAUAGGCACUGGUACAGCCCAGCGCAGCAAGACUGACCUGUGCCAGAGGUCCAGAAUGAUAGGCUGGGUACUCUUCCUAAAAGACGGGGAUGUAUGAUGGUAGCAACAGGCAACCAGGAUCUCCCAGCAGUUGCUACGCCUACCAUUUCUUUCACCCUCUUCUCUCUUGCUCUCCCCACUGUGCUGCCUCUCCCUCCUGUGACUGUAGCAGAGAGAUUCCAACUGAAUUUUUCAAAGAAUUAUCAAUCUAGCUUCACAGGUUUUUGGCAGGUCAUGGAGACAUUAAAAAAUUUUCAGAACUUCCAUAGUAA